AUGACCGAGGAACAAAAUAGUCGAAAACGCAGGAUUCCCCUAAGUGAAGUGGUGAAUCGAAAUAACCAGGAUAGUCUGUUUAGUCGAGCACUCAGCAAGAAGCCUCUUACGGAGCAAGGUGAAAAAUCCUGUCCAAGGUCAUUGUUUGGCCUGGAAUCCACAGAAAAUUCAAGCACAAUAAGGAGAGAUGGCAGUAUAAGGCGACAGGUCAAAACUGCACCCAUAAGUGAGUUGCUGAAAGAAGGUAGCAUUGGGCAGCCUCUGAAUCCGACCCCACACAGUGUGGACCUUUCACAGAUCCACAAGCAGUUGCUUACGACAAACCAGGGUUCAGGGAAUAACUCGUUCAGUUUAUUUCAUGACGCUUAUAAUCAGGAGGAGCUUGUUUCUAUGGCUGAAAAACACCCAAGACUGGUUCCCCCAGAUCUGGGUAAUGGCUCACUGGUGUCGCAGCUAGCCGAGAACGUUGCUAAGAUCAACACUUGGUAUAAUGCAACGAAUUUCACACAUUUUCCUGCGAAAGGUGCUGAAAGACAUCACACCCAAACUUUCACCAUUAGGAAACUCGAAGUUGCCUCCCCAUAUGCGUGUGUUGCAGAACUUGGUGAUGGAAGAAGUGUCUUACUAGUGAGCUUCAAAGACCAGUUCAAAUCCGCGAGUGAGCUGGUCAUAGGUGAUACCAUAACUCUUGGAAACGGCAAAUUUACCCUGGCUGAAGGCUUGGACAUGGAAUUGUAUUACCAGUGGCAGAGGAUAUAG